GAAGUUUUCUCUUUUGGAAAAUUGUCCUAACUCCCCUGGGAUCAUUUUCUAGCGGUUUUGUUCUCGGGCAUUCAUCCAUGUAAUUGAUGCUUUUAUUUGCCAUGAGCCCAUACUUCUAUAGUUACACUGUGGAGUAGCUGCAGUGUGUCCGCUUCCGUUGUAACUUUAUGUCCAUUCGGCACGUUGCGCGAGGCUCCUGGAGCCCGUUUUUCUUUUCCAGUUGGAAAAUGGUUCACUUUUUUGCGCAUGCAGCGGUCCUGCUUUGGAGAAGUUUGGUUCUGCUGGGCGGAUAUCCCGCCGCGGCCGAAGAGGAAGCAGUAACCGCGGAACAGAACGACCUGAAAAACCCCACGGUCGUGUACGACUUGUUGCGUGCAACCUCCAAGAGCGGCGCACCGGAUUUAUCGGAAAUUUGCGCGUUCGGGCUUGGUCGGUACCACCUGGAGCUGCUCCAGUACUGGCUCAGGGAAGACGGCGCGCGCUUGGCGCAUCUGUUCGACGUGAAGGACAUCGAGCCUCUUCUAGCCUUGAAAGAGGAAUUUGCCGACCGCGCGCUGUUCGGCGCGGACUACGAGAAAUGGGAAACGACCGGCCGGAAGGUCUCCUGCUCGACCGUGUUGUUCUCGGUCGAGGGGCCGAAAUUCACGCUGGAGCGCGUGAUGGAAAACAUCCGGCGGGACAAGGCGUCCUUCGUGUUUCUCAGCUACGACUGCAUGACGCAAACGCCGGACGACGAGAAAUCUGACGGUGCGGUCACGAUGAGCGGGCAGUGCGCGUUCUUGAACACGUUCUGGGUGAAGACGAAGCUGAUGUGGCACGGGCGGUGUUCGCACGACAUGUGUGUUGCGGCAAACAUACCGGUGGAGGAUAUUGAGGAGCCGAAUGUGGUGGAGCAGGAGUGCAGUCUGUUUGAAAAGCCGCCCAGCCUCGGAACGGCGGAGGAGUUUUCGACGAAAAUGCUGUCCGAAUACGCCCAGGAUUGGUUUCUCCAAUACAACUUCUUUCGCGAGAAAGCCUCCCAUUACCCCACUCUGCAAAAAGCGUCGUCCUCCAAGCGGCGCCAGCUUGCAGUGAAGCUAGCGGAGGAGGGCGGGUCCUCGUCUUCGGCGCAGGGGGAAAUCGGUGACUGGUCGUCGAUGCACGAACUGUUGCAAGACGAGCAAGGUGGUGCGACGGCUGGUGCUGAGGUUAUGACUAGUAGCAGCAUGGAAGUUGUACUAGAUGAAGCGACUGCUAAUGUCAAGAACCAUCAAAAAACAUACGUCGACCUGGGUGGGUGUCUUCCCUUCGACUACAGCAACACGGUGUUUUUCGAUCGCUGCCAGGCGGAACGCUGGAGUCGGGGGCUGUGCGUGGAGCCCAACCCGACGCUGACGCCGUUCCUCGAAGCCUACCGGCGGUGCAAGGUGGUACCCUACUGCGUCGCCGACCGCGACAAGCCCCGGAACGUGUUUCGGUACCGCGACGGGGCCAGUGCCUUCGCCGCCCGCUGCACCACGCUCGCGAAUUUGCUUCUUUCCGCGGACCUGCACGACGUGGACUUUCUCUCGGUGGACAUCGAGGGGCAGGAAAAAAAAGUGUUCCAGGACUUCCCGUUCCACGCCUUCAACGUGAAGUUUGUCGUGGUUGAAGUCGGGACGGGCGUCAACUGGCUCGAACUAGACACCGCGUUUCUGCGCGGCGGCUACAUCAAGAUCGGCAUUCUCGGUCGCGACUGCGUGUACGCGAAGCGGUCGGCGCUGAAGGAGCUGAAGGGUCACCUUCCCGGCUUCGAGAUGCUGAACCGCCUGCCCGCGGACGCGCGCUACGGACUGCCGGAAAAUUGGGAGGAGUUUCACGGGCAGGUGAUCCGCGAUGAAACGCGGGCGGAGGAGUACGCGCAAGCGCGCAUCCGACGGGAGGUGGUGCUGAAGCGCCAGGGCUUUUCCGAACAGGAAGCCUUUGUCGAAGCGAAAAGAAUGGUGGAUCUGGUUUGGGCGGAGAAGCGACAGCUGCCUGGCGGAUACCUGCCCGACGAAAAGCCAAACCUCCCCGUGCACGAGUUGGACUGAUAGAGUUGAAUGUAGCAGGAACUAAAAUCGC